GACCCGCCCGCAUUUCCACCAGUAAGUCGGACAGAAAAGAGAAAUCCUCCGUUUGUCAAACUCUCACCCGCAAAAGAAGCAAGUUGCAGCUAUGCCAGUGUUCCACACCAAGACCAUCCAGUCCAUCCUGGACCCCGUCGCCCAGCAGGUGUCUCACCUGGUCCUUCUCCAUGAGGACGUAAGGGAAGGAAAACUUGUGGCCGACAUUUCUCUACCUGUCAGAGCUGUCAGCGCCGCAGUUGACAAUCUUAUCAAUGUUGGGAAGCAGACAGUUGAGUCUAGCAAGGAUGAGCUUCUGAAGAAGGACAUGCCACCGUCGUUUGUGACAGUGGAGGAUGCCUGCAAGAAGCUGCAGGAGGCAGCCGACGGGCUGAGUGCAGACCAAUCCAGCCAGCCUCACCACACCCUCCUACUGCAGGGAGCUAGAGGCAUUCUCCAGGGAGUGUCCGCACUGCUCCUGGUGUUUGACCAGGCCGAGGUCAGGAAGAUUGUCAGAGUCUGCGAGGGCAUCAUCGACUACAUCAAGGUGGCAGAGGUAGUGGCGUCGAUGGAGGAACUGGUGACGUUCACAAAGAACCUGAGUCCGGGGAUGACCAGCAUGACCAAACAGGUGGACGGGCGGACAGAGGACCUCACCAACCCGUCACACGCAGACAUUAUCACGGCCGAGAGCGACCAGGUGAAGAGAGCCCUGCCGCUCCUGCUGUCCUCCAUGAAGGCAUUUGUGACUCUGACAAGGGACCAGAGAAAGGGAGCUGCCGAGGCCCAGGAAAACAGGAACUACAUAAUGAUGGCCAUCACGGAGUCCAUCCUGGAGAUCAUCCGAGUCCUCCAGCUCACGUCCCCCACAGAGGAGCAGGGGGCGUUUGCGGCGGAGCAGGGCGUGGACCAGGCGGGGCUGCCGGGCGGACUGCUCCCGGGGUCCCUCGCUGCCAAGGUCUACCAGGCCAAGGAGCUGGUCAGCAGGACUGGUGCUGAUGCUGAAGUCAACCGACACGGGAUAGAAGCGGUCAAGUCGGUGCUGAAAGAAGCCAGGAAGAUUGCCCGAACCCUGCCCCCAGAGAAGAGGACCGCCAUCGAAGAGAUGUGUAACGAGAUUGAGGCCCUCAUGCAGGAACUGGCCGACCUUCAGGCCAGGGGACUGGGAGACAGUGCCCGAGCCAAGGAGAUAGCGGCUCUACUGGGCCAGAAGAUGGACAGUCUGGAGGUUGCGAUCCGCAAGGCCAUUGCCAAGAAAGUGGUCGAGGAUUUCAAGGAUCCAUUCGGGCCUCUCAAAGCCAUGACCGAGGCUGCUUACGCUCCACCUGAUGUGGCGGACAGGGAGGAGGUGUUUGUGAAGAAAGCCGCGGCCUUCCAGAAGCACUCCAAGAGCAUGGCAGAUACUGCGGCGUCCCUCGCCAAGUCUGGUGCAGUCACAGACAAGAGGAUGGCAGACGAACUCAUCCGUACUGCUGCUAAGGUGAAGAAAGUGGCUCCUCAGGUGGAGCAUGCAGCCAGGAUUGUACUGGACAACCCCGACAGUGAGGCUGCCAAAGAGAACUUUGACAGGCUGAAGGAAGAGUACGAGAUGCAAGUUAACAAACUGACAAAUCUGGUGCACGCCAAUAUGGACACGGUGGAGUUCCUGGAGGCCUCGGAGGACCACCUCAGAGAGACUCUGGAGGCUGCCAAGGCUCUUAUCAAGACCGGCAAGGACCCUCAGUUGGCAUUCCAGCAUGUGGCCAGUGCGGCUCGUACGGCCAAGUUGGUCCAGAACGUGGCCGAGGGAGAGAUCGAGAACACUGAGGACCCCACCUUCAAGGCCAACCUCACCGCUGCCAAAGACCACGUUGCCCAAUCUGUUGGUCCGAUGGUGGCGUCGGCACGAUCUGCCAUCACCCAGCCUGGAAACUCUGCCGCACAUGAGGUCUUCUGCACCAAGGCCGACGAUAUGGUGAGUGCAGUUCACGAUGUCCACGAGGUGGUCGACAAACACUACAAUCCUCCUCCUCCUCCCCCCAGACCACCCUCACCUACUCCUGAACCUGUGCAAGAGCCUCCUCCACGACCUCCAUCUCCUGAGGCAGCCAUUCCUCUACAGAGCGAGAACCCCAUUGGAUAUGCAGCUCACCAACUGGACAAGGAUGCCAAGCAGUGGGAGGACAAUGCCAUGGUGCUGGCUGCCAGGAAGAUGGCCAAACUCAUGAUGCAGAUGGCGCAGUUCGCUCGAGGUGAGGGAGGAGAAGUCAGCAACAGGAAACAACUCAUUGAGACCGCAAAACUCAUCGUCAAGGAGAGCGAAGCUGUGGUUGCCAUGGCAAGGAAGGUUGCCGAGGCCUGCACCGACAAGAGAAUGAAGAGAGCAAUCCUUCAAGUGGUGGACAAGAUCCCGACCAUCGCUACUCAGCUGAAGAUCAUUGCAGCCGUGAAAGCCACACGCCAGGGAGGAGACGAUGAGGAAGCUGAUCAGGAGGCAAGCGAGAUGCUGACAAACAAUGCCCAGAACCUCAUGGGUGCCGUGUCCGAGGUUCUCUACGCCACUGAAGCCGCCACCAUCCGAGUCCCGGAGGAGAAGAGAAAGGAGCUGGGGCUGCAGUGGGUGAAGAGAAACUAACACUCUCCCCUCCCUCCCUCCUCACUCUCCCCUCUUCCCCACGUCUCUAGCAGACUCUGCUAACAUAGCCUGACAAAUCAGUCUCAGCGUAUUCUAGUGUCCAGCUCUGGCUGUAGUUUUGUGUUUUAUAUUAGAGCAUUUAUCAUCAAGGAAUGACACUCAUGUGCUUAUGCUUUUACUUUGUAUUUUAGACUUUUAUCAAGCUCUUUUUUAGAAUGCUAUAUAGCAAUAUUUUUCUAUGAUGGUGUGUAAAAGGCAUGAUAAUUGGUUUUGUAAGUCAUUAUAUAUGGCAGAACCACACAACUCAAAAUUUGCGGCAGUA